UCUCUCUCUCUCUCUCUACUACCUCUCUCACACAGUGAGUGUGUGUGUGUGGGGAGGAAUCCCAAUGGUACAUGACUUAUCAUAACAGCAAGUGAUAAUUCCUUGAGCUCAAAGCUACCACAACUCCAUUAAUAGGGGCAUUGCAACAAUUGGGUCCACAGUGUGUGUGUGUGUGUACUAAUUUCAAUUUCAAGAAAAUUAAAUAAAAAAGAAAUGAGUAGUACUAAAGAAGCAAUGGAUUUGGGUGGCAGUAGUGGCAGUAGAAGAAGAGGCAGUGCCCCAAAAGCAGGUUCUGUUUGGGAAACCAGAAUGAAGCUCGACCAAGUCAAAGGUGGCUUCAAAGUCUUCAAUGAAACUCCAGACCUGGAAAACAACAACACUACUACUGUGAACAAUCCAGAAAUUCAGAUGGAUAAUAAAAAAACAGAAAAUGCGAGGGCCAAACAGAGCCCUACUUCUGUGGGGGUGAGCGGCAAGAGGAAAACAUGGAAAUCUGACAAUUCUGAGGGGAGCCCAGUUCAAAUUGCCAGGAAGAGAUCCGAUUCCACCAAGAAUUCCGACGAAAGCAGCAAAGAAUUGACCUUUUCCGGCGAUGGAGUUGUUGGGAUCAAGAAAACCCCUGUUUUAAUCAAGAAAACGAGAUCCAGUGCUGAAAUUGAGCUGAGGAAGGUGAAAUCUGAGCCGUCCGAUGGGGAAUCGAAAGCGGAAACAGCGGUGGGCGAUGGCAUGCCAGCAGACAAGAACCCAAUUGGGGGAAUUGGGGAAAAGAAAACCCUAACCCUAAUUGGGGUCAAGAAAUCGAGAUCUGAUGAGGAGUUUGGUGUGUGCGAGGAGAAGUCAAUCACAAGCGAUGUGGGCCCGGCUAAAAUUCCACCGUCCGAUGAUUACAUUGACGAUGAUGAAGAUGAAGAUAUGGAAAUUGAGGUUGAAAAGAAGAGUCUUGAUAUUAAAGAAAUUAAAGUGCAAGUUCAGAAUUUAAAGAAACACUCUCCUCCUCCUCCUGUAAAUCAUACAAAAACCAUUCCAACUGCAGAUCAUUUCCAUGGUGUUUCAAGAACCAAUAGCAAACUACAAAGCUUUGUUGAUCUUGUAAUGUGGAGAGAUGCAUCAAAAUCAGCAUUUGUAUUUGGGGUUGGAACAUUUGCUAUUGUUUCAUCUUCUUACACCAAGGAUCUCAACAUCAGCUUUAUUUCAGUGAUUUCUUACUUAGGCCUUGUAUACCUUGCUGCAAUUUUCCUAUUCAGAUCCCUCAUUAACAGGGGAUCACUAGAAAUGAAUAAUGCAAAAAAUAAAGAUUUUGUUGUUGGAGAAGAAGAAGCAAUUUGGGCAGUAAAAUUAUUUCUGCCUUAUUUAAAUGAGUUUCUCUUGAAACUGAGAGCCCUUUUUUCAGGGGACCCUUCCACCACAAUGAAGUUGGCAGUGCUUCUGUUUAUUUUGGCUCGGUGUGGAAGCUCUAUUACAGUCUGGAAGAUGGCCAAAUUAGGCUUUAUUGGAGUUUUUACAGUGCCAAAAAUCUGCUCUACCUACUCUUCUCAGUUAACUGCAUACGGUACAUUUUGGAUUCGACGAUUUAGGGAUGCUUGGGAGUCAUGUUCUCACAAGAAAGCAGUAGGGUUUGCAUUGUUCACCCUUGUUUGGAAUUUGUCGUCUGUCGUUGCUCGAAUAUGGGCAGUGUUCAUGUUAUUUGUGGCGUUCAAAUACUAUCAACAGUCGUUAAUGACUAGAGAGGAAUGGGCAGAUGAAGAAACGAUAAGCAGUGAAAAAUCUUCGUUGCAAGGACAUAAUAUUGGAGCACGUAGUAGAUCUACACUAACACGAUUGAAAAGCCAAAAGAAAGUGUAUUGAGGGUUAGUAUAUAUAUAAAAAUACGAAUAAUUUACGAGUUUUAGAUUUAUUUUAUCCUAUAUUUGUUUUUAUUUAAUUAGAUGGAGGAAACAUAAUGAUUUACGAAAUAAAGAGCAAUAAUAUAUUAGUCGAGUACUUCUAUAGUCACCUUGUUCGUAUUGCAUGGUCGGUUCCAACUUCCAAGGUUCGAGAGGCCGUAUGAAACACACACACAUGUGUGUGUGUGUAUGUAACAAUUUGAUUUAUUAAACAACAAAUGAAUUAGUGUAGCUGAAUUUAU